AUGUUUGCAAUCACCAGCCUAUUUCUUAUUGCGUCUUUUGUAAGGGGACAAGCAAAUUCUUCUUUGGAGUUUUUGCCAAAUGUACCAAUUUCCAUUGAGUCAGCUCCUUGGCAGGUUUCCAUACGCCUUAAAGCAAUUGAUCUUGAAUUUUAUGGAGAUGGUCAUUUAUGUGGAGGUACCGUGAUAUCUCAGCGAGUAGUUUUGACCGCUGCUCAUUGUGUUGUAAAUGAGGAGCUGGCAUACGAGUUACAAGGAGUCCUUCAAGUUAUAUACCGCCAGCCCGAGGAAUUCACUAUAGUCAUGGGAACUGAUUCCUUGAUUCAAAAUACUCCAUUCACUCUUCAAUUUGAUGUCGCUGAAUUGGUGGUACAUGAAGCAUUUAAUUUUAAAACUCUGGUUAAUAAUGUAGCCAUGUUUCUUAUCACUGAUUUUAUUCCAUGGGAUUGGCCAACUGUUGAAGCAAUACCCUUAAAUAUUAAUUCGGAAGUAAAUGGUGUUAUAUGUACAACUACUGGCUGGAACUUAACGGAGGAUAAUGCUUCUUCUUCUAUUUUACGCGAAUCUAUUGUACCUAUUACGAAUCGUUCAUUAUGCCAAGAAUUGUAUGGUGAUCUAACCAGCGACUUAUUGUGUGCUGGCUUUCGGGAAAACUCUCCUCAUGCAUUUUGUGAAGGUGAUACGGGUGGCCCCUUGGUAUGUUCCGGCUAUUUGACUGGUAUUAUUUUGGAAGGCAAUAGUUGUGCUGAAACUGGCUUCUUGGGAUUAUAUGUGAACGUUUUGUAUCACUACAACUGGAUAAUAGCCAAAAAUAAAACUUUUGACUAUGGGCAUGUUGUGCCAAUAUAUGACGAUACUUCGCUGGACUACUUCAACUCCAAUGAUGAUGCAAGGCAGCCUAAAAACUUUGGUAAUGUAAGUGAUGAUCCGCCUAAAGGUUACGCUGUUUCAAAAGGCAAUCAAAUUAAACACUCUUAUAUAACAAUAAUUUAUUGUCUUGUAUAUUUAGUGUGGAACAAUAAGAAGCAAAGAAAAGAAAACGAGUAA